AUGGUUAGUUCCUCUUGUGGCUCUGUCUGCUCUGACCAGGGCUGCGGCCACGGCCUCUGCCAGGAGACCUGCUGCUGCCCCUCCUGCUGUGGAUCCAGCUGCUGCCGCCCCAGCUGCUGCCAGACCACCUGCUGCCGGACCACCUGCUGCCGCCCUAGCUGCUGCAGGUCCAGCUGCUGCCGCCCCUCCUGCUGUGGCUCCAGCUGCUGCUGCCCCUCCUGCUGCAUUUCUAGCUGCUGCCGCCCCUCCUGCUGUGGCCCCAGCUGCUGCCGCCCCUCCUGCUGCUGCCCCUUCUGCUGCCUGCGCCCAGUCUGUGGUCAGGUCUCCUGCCACACCACUUGUUAUCGCCCCACCUGUGUCAUCUCCACCUGCCCUCGUCCCAUGUGCUGUGACUCCUCUUGCUGCUGA